UUUUCCCAUCGCACCGUUUUAACAAACACGGACCAUGCACACCAUGGAAAUUCUCCCGUUGACACACUUUACUGUGCUUCAAUGGACUGCGGUAUUGGAAUCUCAAGUUGUCUGACCUUCGACAUUGGUGCAGAGGAGAUCAUGAUGGGAUGUUGCUGAUGCCUGACCAGCCCAAGUCUGAAGACACCGUUUGACCUCCCCCCCCUCCUCUCUCUCGCUCUCUUUCUCUCUCUCUCUCUCUCACUCACUCACUCUCUCUGUUCAUCUUUCCUCUGGAGCGACUCGUCCACCUCAGCCAGAUUGGAUGCAGCUGAUCAACAAGCAGAGGAAGAGAAAGAAAAGAGGCUUGCGGCUUCUUCUCUCCCUCUCCCUCCGAGGGACUGACUGCCAUGCGCCGGGGACAAUGAGGGGCUGAGAGGAACGAGCGUUGUGAACGCCGGAGCGUAGUGUGUGCUGUGCUGUGCUGUGCUGUGCGAGCGUGACAGAGAGGAAGUUGAGGAGCGAAAGAGUGGAGAAGCGAGUGAGCAGGCAAGUGAACGAGUUGGAAAAGGGACGCAGAGAGAGAGAGAGGCACUGGGAGAGGAACGGGAAACUGUCGCCGCUGUUUUCACUGUUGGUGCCAGUCUGUCCGACCAGCCAGCCUGCCAACCAGCUAGCCAGCGAUUGGAGCUGCUACUAUGACCAGUCUGUUCAGACGCAGCAGCAGCAAUGGGGGAUCUCGAAGUGGCUCCGGCGGCGGCAGCGGUGGCGGUUCCUCCGGCGGCUCCUCUGGCCCCGGGGGCGAGCUCAACAACAGCCGGCCUCCGCGGCAGGUGCGGCGGCUGGAGUUCAACCAGGCCAUGGAGGACUUCAAGGUCAUGUUCCCCACCAUGGACUACGAGGUGAUCGAGUGCGUGCUGCGCUCCAACAGCGGGGCGGUGGACGCCACCAUCGACCAGCUGCUGCAGAUGAGCAUCGACGGCCAGGGCUCGGACGACAGCUCCGACUCCGACGACAGCAUACCGCCAGAGAUCCUGGAGCGCACUCUGGAGCCCGACAGCUCGGACGAGGAGCCGCCCCCUGUCUACUCGCCGCCCACCUAUGAUAUGCACAUCUACGACCGGAAGUACCCCGGCACGCCCUACACCCCCCCGCCCAGGUUUGAGGAACGGCCGCCACCAGGUCACAGACAGAUUCGUCGUAGCUAUCGGAAUUGGAAUCCACCGCUACUAGGCAACCUGCCCGAUGACUUCCUCCGAAUUCUUCCUCAGCAGAUGGACAGCAUCCAGAGGUCUCAGAGCAGCACUCUCUCCCAACCGGCCUCCUCUUCCUCCUCCUCCACACUGUCGUCCGUGCCUCCCCAGCAGACGGCGCCCUCUAGUGGAGGUGGCUGUGGUAGUGCUGGCGGCAGUGGUGGUGGUGGUGGCGGUGGGGCAGGGGAAGGUGGUGGUGAUGUUGCAGGCGGCGUGACGACGGAGCAGGAGCGCCGCACCAAGCAGUACCUGGAGGACGAGCGCAUCGCCCUCUUCCUGCAGAACGAGGAGUUCAUGAGGGAGCUGCAGAGGAACAGGGAGUUCCUCAUCGCCCUCGAGAGAGAUCGUUUGAAGUAUGAAUCAAAGAAAUCCAGGGCCAGUCACUCUUCAGGCGGCAUGGAGAACUCCACUGCAGGUGAGGCCUCAGGCUCCAUGGAGGCAUGCACGGCUGUGUCCGACGACGCCAUGUUUCGUGACAAGCUCAAACACAUGGGAAAAUCGACACGAAAAAAGCUGUUUGAGAUCGCACGGACCUUCUCAGAGAAGACGAAAAGAAGAAAGUCCAAAAGGAGAACACUACUCAAACAUCAUUCACUUGGAACAGCAAACUCCACAGCAAACCUUCUGGAUGAUGUGGAAGGAAGUCCCUAUGAAGAAGAUGGUCAGCUGAAAAGACUGGUUACUCAGGAAGAGGAGGAACCACAGAAGGACACUACAUCAUGAUGUGUGCCAGGCAUUCUGUACUGUAGGUUGGUAUCCCUGGUGGUCCGGGAAGACUGCUGGUGCGGUGUGGUCCCACCGCUCUCGGGAUCACGCUCUCCUCCACCCAGAGCCCCACCACCACCACCACCACCACCAAUCCCAGGUUAGCCUGUGAGAUGAGAGCUGAGAGAGAGAGAGAGCGAACGUUCAGUAAAAAGGCAGCCCUCCUACAGGCUUAGAACUAUUGUUUAACGGCAUAUUACUCUUAUAAUUACUGUAUCAUAACAAUUUGUUAAUAUAUGAUUUUGUAUGUAUAAAAAAGAGAGUAGUCAUUUUUUUUUGAAAAUCAUUAUUUUAUAAUUACUCCUUUGAAAGCCCAUUUAUAGUGAAAUGAACAUCAAGUAGUCAUUUUGUUUAUUGAAUUUUGUGUUCCUGUUUGUGUUCCAUGCCUUUUGUAAACCUUGCUAUCAUGAUGUUUGGUUUGUUUUGUUUUUCUUCUUUUAGUUGGUAAAGCGAUAGUUCCCGAGUGGUUAGCAAACAGAUCAAGGUCUUAUUCAGAAAACAUCUAUGAUGGCAGCUGGCAUCUAAAAGUGGCAUCCGAAAGGGUAUGAAGUGAAGUGAUAGGCUAUGAGUUCAUGACCAUGAGCUAGUUAUAGCAAGAGACCCUAUUUCUUUGGGCGUAUGUGCGGUAUAGCAUGUUGUUCAGUCCGAACAGGAAUGGAACAAAAUGUUGGGAAUUAUGAAAAAUGCGGGGGGCUUAUCACACUUGCUGUUUUCCAGAGAUUGGCCAGUUUUUUUUAUUUUCAGUUUGUCUGUACAAGGUUAAACGUUUUUGUUUUUUUUACAGGCUUAGACCUUGAAUUCUUUUCUUUCACACUGUUACCAUAUGAAGCGUUCUACCUGGGGAUACACCGUGUUACAAUGUGUCAUCCCUUUUAGAAAUAAGCAAGUCACCAGUAUGCCUUUUUCGACCAGCUUCCCUGUUGUUUAAUGCAUUGAACUACUGGACAUCUAUCUGCAUUUCCUAUUAAUAGAACUCCAAUGUCCUUUCGCUGUGUCAGUGCCGCACCGCAGAAGCACAGCAAGUGCGGCGGUGGUUUGGUAAUGCAGCCCCGGUGAAGUACCAGGACUGCUGGUCUCUUGUGGGCAGCGAAGGGGGCACAUAGACAGCGCCGCCACCAUCACCACCGCUGCUGAUUAAAGGGCACAGACAUGCUGCUCAUAAACAACACGUGUGCAGGAGAUUGUUUACAUUGCACACAGUUUUUUUUUUUUUUUGUCUAUCAGUGUUAACAGCCUGUCCUCAGCUCUUGGCCUUCCAAGUGUGGCCCGGAAUGACAUCGACUCACUCAACCGCAGAGCACACUUGGCCGAUUAAAAGAAAUCACACACAAAACCAUGUGCUGCUGAAGUGUACUUUUUCUUCGCUUCGCUGCAUUUCAUGUUUUUCCUUUUUUCUUCUUUUUUUUAAGCCAGUAAACCUCCUGUAAAAUAUGAAGGGUAGGAGAAGCAUUCAACCGUGCACUGCCAUAUCUGUUGUAAACAUUUCUAUCAGUUUCCUUUCAAGACAAGAACUUGCCCUAAUUCAAGGAAAACGACAUUUAGUAUUUAUAUGAUGCAAGGCUGUUUCAUUCUAAUAACAGAUUUGAAAAUUCACAAAUAAACUUUACCAGAUAUGGAUGUCUUUUUUUUUGUACGUGUUUUACAAAGUCAAAGGGAAAGCCUAUUAUCUGAGAAGCAAGAGUGUUGAAGUGUUGAGUUGAACUGUCUUGUGAUAUGUAUGAGUCUGUGUAGCAGACAAGGUUAUAUAGGGUAUAGUUUGCAACCUUGGUUUGCCUUUUUUGUUAAGAGCCCAGUUGAAGCCAUGUGUGUAACUUUUCCCCCCAGAGGUGUUAGCAAUGCUGCAAGUAAUAAUAAAAAAAGAUGGAGGAGUGCUCUGAGAGAGUACCUGAUACUAAGAGAAAGAACACAUGUUUGGAAUGUCUACAGAUUGACUUGGAAGUUGUGUCAUGCCCACUGUGAUGGUAGUGUAAGGGAACCAUACUGUGCUCGACUGGUAAAAUGCCACCUCGAUAGAUGAGAGAUGGUAACCGUAAAUUCAACUGACUGAUCACUUCAUCCAGCCUAUGUCCCUGCCCCAUGGCGAAACAUUUCUGACUAAAACCGCACUUGUUUACAAGAAACCAAAAAGUCUUCCUGCGUCAUAGUGUCAUCCAAACAUUUUGUAUGUGUGUUCUUCUGCUGGCAUAGAUAUCUUUCCUGGUAUUAAAAUGGGCAGAGGAAGCACUUGUUUGGAGGUAUACGCCUUAUAUCAACAUAACUCAAUCACUCUUAGCAGUUGAAAUCAGAAACAUGGAUGGUGAUCUUGACACACAUUUGAAUUCUGGUCAGAUUUGAAAUCCUGUAAUAGUUCGUAAAGGCUUCUCCUAUGUACAGGCAGCUCCCAAGAAAACCUGGAGCAUGCAUGGGGGAAGAACAGCUUUUGGCUUGUAGUCCAUGAUCACACUUGUAGCCCAGUUCCUUUUGAUGGUGUUUGAGACCAGGGGUGCAGAUCCUGAUCCUUGGCGGAGGGGAAUAUGCACACCCCCCCAUUUCUGCAAAACAUUGUUUUCAGAAAUGUUGUUGAUUUAUGUUGGCAAGCUUUGAAUUGCAUACCUGUAAAUCACACAAUACAAAAAUCCCUUUUGUGUGUACAUUACCCUCACCCAGAGUCCUGACAUUGUGGAUCUGCACCCCUGAUGGAGGCUGUCCUCACAUUGGGAUUUCUCAUUGACUUGCCCAGUGUGUGGCCAGCCUCCUCUGUCCCGUAACCUUGUCAAAGUGGGAUCUUCUCAGGGAGACAUUUGUCCUUCUUUUCUUCCAUUGUAACUGAGUGAUUUAAGCACAGCAGUUAAAAAACAAAACAGUUACUAGAACAUUUUUCCAAAGGUUCAACUGUUAGUUGCUGUAUUCUAGUUUUUCAUAUUUUGGAGUAAUUCUUUACUAUAACAAACAAUUUCUUUUUACAUAAUAGGUAGCUGCUAGUCCAGUAAGAAAACAAAUCCAUGCCAGGCCGUACUAAACAUCAGAACACGCGUCAAGUUAACUUUUUUGUAUGGAAUCUAGUCAAAUGGCCCAGUCUCACUAUCGCCUGUUCUCCUCGAAUGUAUACAAGUUCAAAUUAAGAGGUUCAGUUGACUUGAGCAGAUUUUCCGCACAAUUAUAAUCUUUUUUUGGUAGGCAACAUGCAUUUAUCUCCAUGUGUUCUGAAGAUGACAUGUCUUUCUCUGCAAUUAAGGCCUACUAUUAACCGUUAUUAAUGGAAGCUAGCUGUACAAUGAAUUGGCCUUAGAAGGCUGUAUUUCUGGGGAUGGAUGAGGAGGUUGAUGCAUUUAUUUUGGUAACUGGUUGAUCCAUGCCUUCCUAUACAUUUUGGGUACCACUCCACCAAGUGGUUGUAGAGAUGUGUUUUUUCCUUACCAAUCCAAGUCAGUAGCUCUUAUAAUAAUAAACGUAUGUUCUUCCC